GAUUAAUAGAGGUAAUGAGUUUUCUUACAGUUACUUCUCUGACAUGGGUUUUCUGGGUAUGGUUUGCUUGUUCUGUUCCUAGAUUUGAAGCAUGUAAUCAUACUGAUUUUGUCGCUCUGAAGCAACUAUUCAGUAAUUACACAAAUGAGAAAAUAAUUUUAGCUUGGGCUGACACCCCUAAUUGCUGUAAAUGGGAUGGUGUCACUUGUAAAACUGACAAUAAUGCACCAGCUGCAGGUAGAGUGAGUAAGUUGAUUUUACAGAACAAGGGUCUUAGAGGAGCAAUAUCGCACUCCAUUGGUCAAUUGGACGGGCUGGAGGUUCUUGAUCUUUCUGGAAAUCACCUAGAAGGUGAAUUGCCUAUUGAGUUUUCUUAUUUGCAGCAUCUGGUUUUUCUCGAUAUUAGUCAGAACAAGCUCUCAGGAUCACCUCUGGUGGCAUUUUCUGGUUUGAGAAAUAUACAAUCACUAAACAUUUCCAGCAAUCUUUUCAAUGGACCAGCUCUUGAUUUUGGGAUCCUCUUCGAUAACAUGGUUGUGUUUAAUGUUAGCAAUAAUUUGUUUACCGAACAAAUUAAUCCCCAUAUUUGCAGUUCAAGCAAAAUCAGGGUAAUUGACAUAUCAAUGAAUUAUUUUACUGGUGUGCUUGACAGCUUGGAGAACUGCACAUCGCUUCAGCAGUUGCAUGCUAAUUACAACUUACUAAAUGGUGAUCUUCCGAGCUUUAUCUAUACCAUAACUUCAUUGGAACAGCUCUCAAUCUCUGCUAAUAAUUUCUCUGGCAAGGUCAGUGAGGCAGUUAGUCAGCUCUCUAACCUUAGAACCUUAAUUAUUUCAAACAACCGUUUUUCAGGCCCUUUUCCUGAUGUUCUGCAUAACCUUACAAAACUGGAGCAAUUAGUUGCACAUUCAAAUUAUUUCACUGGGUUCUUGCCUGCAAGCUUGUCUCAAUGCUCCAUGCUUCAGGUGCUUGAUCUGAAAAACAAUUCUUUCGAAGGCAAUAUUAACCUUGAUUUCACUGGACUAACAAAUCUCAAUGAGCUUCAUCUUGCAUCAAAUAAUCUCAAUGGUACCAUACCAACAUCACUUUCUAGCUGCAAUAAGCUGAAAACAUUGAACCUUGCUAGGAAUGAGUUAAUUGGUGAAUUCCCCUAUGGUUUCAGAAAUCUUUCGUCUCUUUCAAUCCUCGCUUUGUCAAACAUCAGUUUGAUGAACUUGUCAAGAGCUUUAAACACCCUGCAACUUUGCAAAAAUCUUUCGAUUCUUAUUCUUUCGAGGAACUUUCAUGGUGAAGAAAUUCCAACAAAUUUGUCUGGAUUUGAUAACUUGAAGGUUCUGGCACUUGGAAAUUCAGCUCUGCAUGGUGAGAUCCCUACUUGGUUGCUGAAUUGUGGAAAGUUAGAAGUGCUUGAUUUGUCAUGGAACCGCUUAAGUGGCAAUUUGCCAUUAUGGAUUGAAAAGCUGGAGCAUUUGUUUUACCUGGAUUUAUCAAAUAAUUCUCUCUCAGGCGAAAUUCCGAAGACCUUGAUGCAGCUAAAAAGCUUGAUCUCUUCAAGUGACAUCUCAUCCAAUCCUUUUACAUUCAACACUAUUCCAUUAUAUAUAAAAAGGGACCAUAGUCCUAGCUGGUUGCAGUACAAUAAAAUUUCUGGUUUUCCACCAUCCAUAUAUUUGAGCAACAACAGGUUUAAUGGUAUUAUACCGUAAGUGAUCGGAAGGUUAAAACAACUCCAUGUGUUAGAUUUGAGCGGGAAUGACAUAACCGGAAAUAUCCCUGAUACACUAUCAGGUUUGCAGAGCCUUGAAGUAUUGAAUUUGUCCUUCAAUGAUUUGCAUGGAUCAAUACCUUCAUCACUUAAUAGUCUCACAUUUCUUUCGAAAUUUAGUGUGGCACAUAAUCAUUUACAUGGGGAAAUACCUGUAAGUGUGCAGUUUCAAAGUUUUCCGAACUCAAGUUUUGAGGACAAUUUAGGUCUAUGUGGAUCAACUCAAGCUCCUCCGUGCACCAUUGCAGACAAUGUAAGUGGUGGCCAAGAUGUUUCUUCUGGAUCGAACAAUAAAUUUUGUCUAAGUUGCAUCUUUUGGAUGUUAAGCACAGCAGGAAACCAUGAAUUGCUUGGCCGUAACCAUAAUCUAAUGAUUGAUAGCCAACUAUCCCUGUGA